AUGCCAAACCUCGGCCACGUCAAUCAAUCACCGCCACUCAAAAUUCCGAAGUUGCCACUCUGCAGUCCAAGAAGUGACACAACCAGUCCAAGGAUGACAAAGCCAAGUCCACUCUGCAGUCCAAGGAUGACACAGCCAGAAGAGCUAUUCUCCGGGCUGCCAGAUCGCCCCGAACCUGAUGCAUUCCGCCGUACGCUCAUGAAGUUGCUCGCAGCCCACCAGCGCGAGGUAGAUUGGCUCGAAGAAGUGAUCUCGAGGCAGCAGGUCUAUGUGACAGCGCGGGGCCCGCCCGAGCGCAAGCAUCAUGAGGACAAUCCGCUGGUCUUAGAUGAUAGCAGUAUCGUGCGUUCAGAAGCAAGUGGCAUCCGUGGAUGUCCUGAGGGCAUCGAUGCGUCUCCAUCAGCAAGGCACACCGAUCCGUCUCCAUCACCAAGGCGCCCCCCGCGCGAGGUAUCCUUCAGUACCGAAGGGUCAAGCUCAGACGAGGGCGAGGAGAACAUCGAAGACCAGGGCGACUCCCUCCCCAAAAUUGCCAAGGCGAAGUUUUCGACGAUGGCCGUAGACAAGGCAGACUCUGAGGACGAUUCUGUGGGUCAGCUCGGCCAUGGACAGUACAUGUGGCAGUGGCGGCGCACCAAGGGUGGUUUUCGCAACUACAAUCCGACUCAGAAUGACCAGAUUGAGGAGGCCUACAGGCGUGGCCUGUCUAAGGUGCGAUUCAAGAGCGGCCAGGAUGGUCAGACAGUGAUGGAGGGCCGGCUGAUUUUUUUCGUCGAUAUGUUCCAACUGGACCCCACGUAA